CAGAAAUCAAUGAAUCGGUGGGCGAAUAAAACAGUAUUGUAAAACAAAUAUCUCUCCUAAUUAUAUUCUAAUUCCUUGUCCCACCGCUACUACAAUCUCGACUUACCAUCUUCCUCCACAAUCCCCACUCACGCACCCCCACCAAAUCUCCCUUUUCUUUCUACUUCUGGAUUUCUCUGUCAAUUCAAGAAUUAUAGGGCUUGGUUUUCGUUAGAUCUGUCAAUUUAAUUGCCCAAUUUUGAGUUUUUUCGUUUCAUUUUUUAAUUUUAUUUUCUGGGAUCCGUUGCUUUCGUGUUUGUUGAAUUCAUUAGGGUCUCAUUAUUUUGAGUGUGAUCUGGGUUUUAGUUUGUUGAAAUUCUGGGAAAAUAAAUUAUUUCUGAGGCCGAAAGUUAGGGUUUUAUGCAAAGUCAAUUAUUAUGUUUUGGGGUUGGAUUAUGUUUUUUUGUUUGAUUAAGAGUUAGGUUAGGGUUUUGUUUGAAGAUAUAGCGUUGAGGAGAGAUGGUGGGAUCGGAUGGCUUGAAUGUUUCGCCUUCCCCGUCGCAGCAGAAGGAAAAGCAGUUGCCGAAUCAGUGGGGAGUGACGAAACCUUUGUCGCGAGCGGGACCCUUGGAGUUGGAUAUUCAGAGAAGCAAGGAGUUGGAGAAGUUUUUGGUGGAUGCGGGACUAUAUGAAAGUGCAGAAGAAGCUGCAAAGAGAGAAGAGGUUCUGUGUCGACUAAAACAGAUUGUAAAAGACUGGGUGAAAGAACUUACGCGCGUGAGGGGGUACACCGAUCAAAACCCUCAUGAUUCCUUCCCUGAUUUUCCAGAACUCCAUCUUUUUUUUAUCCCUAUUUUCAGCAUAAUUUGA